AUGAAGACUUUGUCAAAUGAGGAGCUCAAAGCUCUAGCUGGCGAGUAUUUUGCUCCCGUGGGACUGUAUCAGCACACCAAACGAUUGCCUUUCUUGGGUACUCUGGAGUGCAACACAAAGACAUUGACAGCGGGAGAAUGGACCGAAAUCAUUGUCGAAUACACCGUUGGCGCCAGUGGUCUCGCCGAUGGCGCGUGGAUCAAGGGCACAUUCAAGUUCUACUCGGAUUGGGCUCUGUUUCAGACCUCAAAUCCUGAACAGGAUAAUUACGUCUCUGCCGAACAUGUCCCAGCUGAUUUGCAUCCUGGUCAGGCCCCAGCCACAGUCCAAGGACUGGCAGUGAGAUUUGAUCAAAAGGGUCACGAACGCCCCUUUCAAAAGGCCAUCAUACUGGACAUUGUCGACGGCUACAUGAAUCCAGGCGACAAGAUCAUUGUUCGCAUCGGUGAUCGGCGCUGGGGAUCGCGCGGUACCCGUGUCCAGACCUUUGUGGAGGAGAACUUUCUCAUGAGAUGGUAUAUCGAUCCCGUGGGAACUUCGCGCUUUGCACCUAUCAAGCCGGAUAUCGCCUUUACGAUCCGGCCAGGCCCUGUCGCAAAGGUCAAGGCCAUCUCGCCGCGCGUGGUGAGGCCGGAAACGCCAUUUCCUACCCAUUUCCACACCGAGGAUACCUGGGGUAACACGACGACAGACCUCGAAGGGCUGACGGCGCGAGUUGAUCUAGCAAACGACAUUGGCGAAAGAAUUUGGGACCAAGAACUCUCUUUGCCUAGCCAAGGUUGGACGGUGGCCAGCCUGACUUCGUCACUACCGUUGAGCGGCGACUAUGCGCUAUCAGUGUCCAUCAUUGACCAGAACGGCCUCGUCUUGGGAGAAACGUCUGACCUCAUCACCGCCGACGCUUCAUUGCCCGUCCCUCGCGCGCUCUUUGCCGAUCUUCAUGUGCACUCUGACGAUACGGUCGGCACCAAUUCCACCACCUACAACUUUUCCUACGCCCAAAAGGUCGCCGGUCUCGACGUGGUCGGCUACACGGCCAAUGACUUUAACAUUACCAAGCAGAAAUGGGACGCCACGCUCGAUAUUAUCAAAAAGACCAAUGCCGAAGGCGAGUUUGUGCUGUUUCCCGGCACCGAGUGGUGCGGCAACUCGGCGGCCGGCGGGGACCACAAUGUCGUCUUUCUCGACGACCCGGACGUGACGCCGCCCGAGUUCCCCUUUGACCGGCACGGUAAUGUCGCGCGGAGUUUUGAGUGGAAUGAGGACGGUCCGGCUGAGCUGACUCCGGGCGCCUGGCCGCUUGAUGAAGUAUACGCCACGUACGCACACUCGCCCGACAAGAAUCUCCUGAUCCCGCACGUGGGCGGGCGGAGGUGCAAUCUAGCCUGGCACCACCCGCAGCUCGAGAGGCUGUUGGAGAUUGGCAGCGCCUGGGGUCUGUUUGAGUGGCUCUUGCGGGACGCCGUCGGCCGCGGGUGGAAGAUGGGCGUGUCUGCCAACUCGGACGAGCACCGUGGCCGCUGCGGCGGCGGUGUCCCGGGCACCGCCGUAUUCGGUACCAAGGGUGGUCUGACCGGUGUGUGGGCCGACAAGCUCGAGAGAGCCGACGUGGCCAAGUCUCUCCGGGCCCGGAGGACGUUUGCCACGACCGGAGAACGACUAGUGGGUCUGGUUCGUACCAAGGAGGGCUCGCUUCAGGGUGACGAUGUCACGGUCAAGGUCGGUGAAGAAGUCUCGUUGAAGUAUCAAUUCUAUGGAAAUGAGGGUUUCGAGUCAAUAGAGGCUUGGGAUGCGACUGGCAAGAUCUUUCACCGUGACUUGCAACGAGAAGCGUCAGAGUCGACUCCUGCUCGAAGCCGCCAGAAGAAGAUACGAGUAAAGUGGGGAGGAGCUCGUUUGUACGACAGAUAUCGCGAAGCCGUGUGGAAAGGUUCUAUCCUCGUAUCAGGCGCCGCAAUCUCUCACGUACAGCCGUUUGGAGGUGUGCUUGACAAUCCCGAAGAGCUGAUCAAGUUGGCUUCCGAGACGCAAGUGGUUUUCGAGACGCAUACGAGUGGUGAUUUCGACGGUGUCGAUAUUUACUUCAAGGAGAGUUCUGCCUCACCAACGUCGAUCAGCGUGACUGGUCAUCUUGGGGGCUAUGUCAAGGUUGGCAAUGCUCUUAAUGGCAACCCGCACAAGUCCCAGCCCACGUUUAGUCUCACUACUUCGGCUGCAGAGGCUGGCCAGAGUGGUGGCAAGCAGAUAUCAAUCAAGGGAGGCGCUGAACUAUUCGCGUCCGUUGAACAUUUGGUCGAUGCACCUCUACCAAGGCGCGUCGAGGGCGAGUUCUCCAUUGCUCCAAGUGUACAUGCAGCUGGGGAUGAACAGGCCAUCUACUUUGUGGGUAGGGAACACAAUGGCGGGAAAGUCAUCACAAGCCCCGUCUUUGUUACCUACACUGCUUAA